UUUAAUAUUGGAGAAAAUUUAUAAAAAAAAAAUUACUCCAUAGAUAGCGAGAUUUUUUUUUUUUUCAUUUCCCAAAUUUGACUCCUGAUUUGAGCUUUCAGUUUCUCGCGUCCCCCUCUCUUCGGUCCUUCCUUCUGGUAAGAAUCCUCUCUUUCGUAAUAUAACUUUCCUUUUUUUUUUAAUUGCUAAUAACUUCCGUACAUUCAAUCUCUAAACCCUAAUCUUACAUAUCAAGAUGAAUUGAGCUCUGAGAUCAGUAGUAUUUCGUUUCUGAUACCCGGGGUUUCGAUUUCUCGGGCUUAGGGGUUUUUUCCUUGGGCCUGGAUUGGGAUUUUUAUUUUCUCGUUUGUAUAGAACUGUUAGGUUGAAAAAAAAUGGGGAAAGUGUUGUGAAUUUGUACAUACUUUAGAUGCAUUAUCUUUUAGAGUGUUGAGAACUCUUCGUUCGUCAAAAAUUCACUGUAAAAAAUGUCGUCGGCUGGUGUUGCUGUUGUUCCGGUUCGAAAUGAACCUUUUGUUCCUCCUGAUCACAUGAAUCUUGAAUUGGGUCUUCGUGAAAACGAAUCAAUUUGGAUAUAUUUGGUCCUCUCCGGAUCGAUGAUUCCAAUGCGGAUUCUGGAAUCGGAUUCUAUUGCAUCCUUGAAGCUACGUAUUCAAACCUUUAAAGGUUUUGUUGUGAAGAAUCAGAAGUUGGUUUGUGGAGGCCGGGAGCUGGCACGGAGCAAUUCCCUUGUUCGUGACUAUGGAGUCAACGAUGGGAAUGUUCUACACUUGGUUCUUAGGCUUUCUGAACUUCAGGUCAUUAAUGUUAAGACUACGUCUGGUAAAGAAUUUACCUUUCAUGUUGAAAGAGGGCGUGAUGUUGGUUAUGUGAAACGGCAGAUUGCUAAGAGAGAGAAAGGGUUUACUGAUCUUGACGAGCAAGAAGUUGUUUGUGAUGGGGAGCGAUUAGAGGAUCAGAGGUUUAUUGAUGAUAUAUGUAAACACAAUGAUGCUGUAUUGCAUUUAUUGGUCCGUAAAUCUGCCAAAGUUAGGGCUAAGCCUGUUGCUAAGAAUUUUGAGUUGUCUAUUGUGGCACCAGAAUUGAAAGAUAAGCGAGAUCAUGACGGUGUUGAGACGAACAAUCGAAGACGAAAUGAUGUUGGUGGUGAAGAGAAUUAUAGUAGAGGAUAUGAAGUUGAUAGAGAGGUUGUACCAAGAAAGCCUCCUGAUAGGGAUUUUACAUUGGAGCCUGUUAUUGUUAAUCCCAAAGUUGAAUUACCUUCAGUGAUUGUGGACAUGAUUAAGUCCACAUUUGAUGGGUUAGAUAGCGGGAAAACUCCAAUCAGGUCUGUGGAGGGAACUGGAGGAGCCUAUUUCAUGCAGGAUUCAUCUGGCCAAAAAUUAGUUGCUGUUUUUAAGCCAAUUGAUGAGGAGCCAUUAGCUGUUAACAAUCCUCGAAAACUACCAGUGUCACCAGAUGGUGAAGGGUUGAAAAAGGGUACAAGAGUUGGAGAAGGAGCAUUCAGGGAAGUUGCUGCUUAUAUUUUGGAUCAUCCUAAGAAUAAGCGAUCCAUGAUAUAUAGUGACGAGAAGGGUUUUGCUGGGGUCCCUCCUACUGCUAUGAUCAAGUGUUUGCACGGUGGGUUUAACAAUCCUGAUGGUUUACCAACGGUCAAGAUUGGGUCAUUGCAGAUGUUUGUGGAGAACAGUGGAAGUUGUGAGGAUAUGGGUCCUGGGUCUUUCCCAGUCGAGCAAGUACAUAAAAUCUCUGUGUUGGAUAUAAGAUUGGCUAAUGCAGAUAGGCAUGCUGGGAAUAUUUUAUUGAGCAAAGAUGAAAAUGGGCAGACAUUGUUGAUUCCAAUUGAUCAUGGCUAUUGCUUGCCUGAAAGCUUUGAAGAUUGCACAUUUGACUGGCUGUAUUGGCCUCAAGCUCGCCAAUCUUACUCCCCUGAGACAAUUGACUAUAUAAAAUCCCUGGAUGCUGAAGAAGAUAUUGCCUUGUUGAAAUUCCUUGGAUGGGAUAUGCCACCUAAAUGUGCACGCACGCUCCGCAUCUCCACCAUGCUCCUCAAAAAGGGUGCAGAAAGAGGGCUUACUCCCUUUGCCAUUGGAAGUAUAAUGUGCAGAGAGAACUUGAAGGAAGAAUCUGUGAUUGAGGAAAUUGUCCAAGAAGCACAGGAUUGUGUGCUUCCUGGCACAAGUGAAGCUGCAUUUCUUGAAACAUUAUCCCAAAUCAUGGAUCGCCAUCUUGAUGAGAUUGCUGGGUCACUCCUAUGAUAGAAGUGCCGAACAUCUGUAGAGACUGGUUCAUAGUUGAUAGUUAUGUUGUUGUACAUGCCUUCUCAUUCUUCUGCAUGCAUUGCCAGAUGAUGGGACCUCAAAUUGGCCGGCAGACUGGUUAUGAAAGCAAAAUGGUUUAUUCUUCUCAACCUUUCAUGUGAUUCUCUAUUUUUUAUUGCACUUCAAAAAAAGCCUCGUAAUUUGAGGCGUUGAUUCACAUUCAUUUCAAUUGAUUUGUUAAGAUAUUUUUUAUUGGCCUUUUGAGAUUUGAAUUGAAGACAUGGGUUUCCUUUUAUUUUAGUGUUUUUUUUUUUGGUUUAUUAUUAGGUUUUUCACUUAAUUAAGUUAUAGGUUUUAAAUUGUGGUCACUGUUAGUUAAGUUAAUAUAAGGUAUUAGUUUUUCUUACUCUCUCAAUUACGAGGGCUGAUUCCAUGAUUUUGGAAUGCAAUUGUUUCUUUUAUUUGCUGAAAACACAGUCAAGCUAGCUAACUUGGAUAGUGGCAUUGAAAGAUACGUAGAUCGCUUGUAUAUUUACAAGCAGCAAAGGAUUGAAUUUUACACCAUAAAUCAAGGUAAGUAACCAUGGGUUUGUUGCUGACUAAUUACAGAUAAAGAUUCGAAGAGGAAGGUUUUCCGGUUACCCUGUAGGCGAUAGACAGUUGAGAUAACAUAUCAGCUGCUUAGUUUUCAAGGAAAGCAAGUAACGAAAUGCAACAUAAAUUGCAAGAUGGAACCAAAUAUCUCAGUGCCUCUAAUGUAUAGGUCUUGAACAGCAACUGACUGACAUUGAUGCAUCUUCGGAAGCAAUCAUCCUUGUUCUUUCGUCAUCUCCAAUCGCACAAAUUACAGGCAGUUAGAUUUUUCUUACAGCUAUGAUGUUUGAGUGACACUGGAAUAUCAAGGAAAAGAAUUCAAAGGAGCCCUCGGCCUCAAUGACCCUGAACUUUCUCAAUUGGUCAAUUCAGAUGUCACUCAGUUUUCCCUCGGGUGUAUGAAGUAAGUAUUUCAUUUCUUGGUAGGCCUUUUGAGUUUCUUCUUUGACCUCCUUCCGAAAAGGAAAAAAAAAAAAAAAACACUGAAAUGCAAGUAAUUUUGCUGACAAAUAACAGUCAUGCUAUAACUCGUAAUGGUGUCCCAUCAGCCAUGUCAAAUAUCAAAUACCCAUCUUCCGCUAAAUAAUUUUGUGAAAACACCGAAGAUCAGAAAUUACCUCCUUGUCGAUUUACCACUAACACCGAGUACAGCCUUCGUCAAUGAGCUCAUAUCCACAAAGCGCUCACGCAUGAUCUUGUCAUGGUAUAUCUUGCUCCCAGUCUCACAUAUUUGUUCUUCCACCUCUUCCAAAGUAAAGAUUAAUGAGAGAAUUAGGUGGAAUCAUCAGAGGAAGACACUGAUUAUCAUGAUUCACCUAAUUAAACGAUGGUGUAUGUCAUGCACAUAAUUAUAGUGUAUGAGUUACUAAGCCUGC